AUGUCGGUAAUCCCGAUGUCGCCGUCUCAGCCCGCAGUUUCCGCUGCCAUGUCGCUGGCGGCGAAACCGGCGGCCGGCGCCGCGUCGCUGGCGGCGGACGUGGUGGGCGACGUAUGGAAGGCGGAUUGGUACGUGGCGCACUGCUACAAGAUCCCCGCUAUGGCGCAACUGAACGUCGUGCUCUCGCAGGUGAAAUAUUUGUUAUGA